AUGAAUUACUCUGUGCACAAUUUCGUAAAAGCGAAGAAGAAGAAGAUAUUCCCGACAUUUGCGGACCUCAAAAAGUUACUUAUAGCCUGUAACGACUUGGUAGCGACAUCAAGGAUAACUGAGGAUGAAAAUGAAGACAUCAAGAAUAUCUCAAGCAAGGUGUCAGGCCAUCUGGCUGUGGUCUCAAACAUUUUAGAGGUACUAUCAAGGGAUCAGAUGAAGGUGGCAUUCAUUGGACAAACCAGCGAUGGAAAGAGCACCACACUAAAUGCCAUGUUAGAAGGUGAAAUCUCGCCAAUGGGAAUGGGCUCUACUACAAACUGUGUCUUCAUUGUACAUGGUUCAGAUUCACCAGUUCCAUAUAUUUUGGUGCCAGUCAGUGAUGACAAAAAGAAUAUGGAGCCAUUAAUUCAACUGUCUCAAAUCUUGUCCAAAGAAAAGCUUGAUCCUGGCAGUUUUGUUCAAGUGUUCUUGCCAAAGUCCAGAUGUAAAAUGUUGUCAGAAGGUGUUGUUUUUGUGGAUAGAUAAGCAAAUUAAAAUCCUGGUAUAGGUUUCAAGCCUGAUCUUGAUCUGUGCAUUGAAGAGCACUGUUUGGAUGCUGAUGUGUUUGUCCUGGUUGCUAAUGCUGAGUCAGCGCUUACUUAUACGGAGAAAAACUUCUUUCUCAAAGUGAAUCAGCAUCUUUCAAGACCAAACAUCUUCAUUCUGUAUAACAGAUGUGAUGCAUGUGCAUCAGAGCUGGAGAGAAUGAGGCAGGUGAAAAAAGAACACCUCAAUAGAAGCAUCAACUUCCUUGUUGAUGAGCUCAAGUAUGUAGACAAAGGACAGGCAGAAGACCGAGUGUUUUUUGUCUCAGCUCAAGAGAAGGAGUUUGAGAACUUUGAAAGCAAAUUUCAGGAGUGUAUUACCAAGUCAGCCUUACAAACCAAGUUUGAAUCUCAUGCAGUCAGUGGAUUGACAAUUUCAAAAAGUUUGCAGGAUCUUAUGGAAGUAACAAAAAAUUUUUCAUGUCAGCAACGAUCUAAAGCAGAGAAAGCCAAGAAGGAGCAAGAGAAGAUACUGGAAGAUGUGGAGAAAGGAGUUGAAACCUGUAGAAAUGACAUCGAACGCCAGAUUAAGGAAAUCACUUCUAAAGUUGAGGAUCAGGCGACUGAGGCUAUGAGAAAAGAGAUUGGUCGACUGGACUUGCUAGUGAAUGGGUUUGAUUGUCCAUUCCAUCCUCAUCCUAAGUUCCUCGAAACAUACAAAAAGGAGCUGUGCGAUGUUCUCAAGUGGGGCUUGGGAAGGGAAAUGAUAACAUGUUCAAAUACUCAAACUCAAGUGAUUUGUAAGGCACAAAACGAAAUGGCAGAUCGCCUUAGUAGGGUUCUUCCGCAAAUAAAAACAGAGGCAUCUCUUCACCUCGUCACUUCAGCUCUUGAUUUCCAAGCGAACCUCGAACCGAUUGUGACCAGCCUGUGCACUGAUUUUCAGGAAGAUGUGAAGUUUCGCCUCUCUCUUGUCUGGCGAGCGAUUUUGAGGAAUCUCUUGGGGUCUGAACGAUUCAACGACUGGGGAGCGAAGAUUCAGCGAAAUAUGGAGAGCUUGGGAUCUAUCCGACUAGUUGUGUUGCAAGGGUCAGCUUUAAUAAUGGCACUCAUUGCUGCACUGUUAAUCAUAAAUGAAGGACUGAUUCGGAGGACUAUAGGAUGGUGGUUUAUGGCUUUUUGUGUUGGGUUAUACUGUGUAGUGUACGUAAUUGCAAGGGCAUUUUGGACCGCUGGUGCUAAAGAGAAAGCUUUCAAACGACAAUUUGUGAAUUACGCUACUGAAAAGCUUCAGUCACAAGUCAACAUCAUUAGUGCUAAGUGCAGUGGACAAGUGCAACAAGAAUUGACGUCAACCCUCGCGAAGCUCGAGUCUCCGGUUCAGAGAGAAGUGGAAAAUUUGAAAAAAAAAAUCAACAAACUGGGUCAAGAAAUUACAGGACUAGAGGAAACCGAAAACAAAUUGACAACAUUAAGGAACAAAGCAAGUCGGUUGAAAAGGGAACUGUCCCAAUUCACCACCGAGUUUGGUUUGGAAAAGAGCAAGAUUUGA